AUGCUUUGCGAGGCAACCUGGUUCGGUGUGUCAUGUUUUGGAGUAUUCUUUGACUUCGUCGGGUCUUGCAACGAUACCGACUGUUUCUAUCCCGCCAGGUACGAGACCUGUGGCGAAGAGGCUUUUGACGCUGAUAUCGCAGGCAAUGGUGUAGUCUUCGCGUCUGUCAUCUCGGUCCUUGUGACUACAGUGGCGGCGAUAUGUGCAACAACGAUCGAACACUAUACUGGCAGUGAGCAUACUCUUCUUCCGCGGGCCCUUCGCAAGAAGUCGUCCCCACAGGCAGAGCGUGAGCGUCAGGGGAAGGUCGACAUCUGGCGUAAUGUACUGGACCGCCUCAUCCUUGCCUUUGCGGACCAACAGCUUAUUACUGGCUUUGCACUCUUGACUGGCGCAUGGAUCCAGCUGUCUCGCAAGCCCGCCGUGCUGUCCGGUACCGACAUUGGGAGGGCUUUGUGGCCAUACUACUGGAUGCCAUCGUCCAGCUUUGCCCUUGUGGUAUUCCUCUGUUGCGGCUCAAGCAGUGCCCACCUUGCCUGCUUACUGGUGCUGAGAAACUACUUCGUGGAACACAAAAUCACUGCUAGGGUCCGAAUUGCACUCUUCGUGUUAUUCUCCCUCUUUCUCACAGCAACCAUAGCAUUAACAUCAAGCUUCACAGCCUACUUCCUUGCAAUGGUCGGAUACGUGUACGCAAGCACGGAUAAGUACUCGGAAACUAGCUUGCGCAUAGCGCAAGCCUUUGUCUUCCUGAUCCCCAUGCUUUCUAUGGUCUGGAUAUUCUGGAUAUGCUCGUUGCAGCUGCUCCCUGGUAGGUGUGUGUCCUGGAAGAAGUGGCUCAGUUCAAAGAUCGUCGACCCUCUCAGGCAAAAGAUCGGCCUCACCUGGCUCUGGCACAAGCUGACAUGCUGGAUGGGCGUUGGAUACAGGAAGCGAUUGACCAGGUGGGUCAAGGGCACUUUCUGGACCCUCCUACUGGGCGAUCCUGUCUUGGUGUUUGCGUUGCAGAUCGUUCUUGCAACACUGUCGGUAGUAUGGACCCUGCUACAGAGAUUCGCGGCACCACCCCCGCCCGGACACUACGAUAAGUUUCUGGAAUACGAUGAGCCUGCAAACAGACUGUGCUCACUGAGGAUCGCGGCCGGAGGAUACGAUGCGUGGUCUUUCGGCCAGACCUUACCAAUGUUUCUGCUUGCAUUACCAGUGCUUUCUGCUUGGGAGACGUAUAUCGAAGAACGCCAGAAUCUACGCAAAGGCCUCGGGAUAUACAGGUCAAGCUUGUCACAGGUCAUGCCCGAGAGCGAACAAGAGUUCAGUCUCAUUCCUCGUGGCGACUCUGCCAGCCACAUCCGAAGUGACAGCGAGGGUCUGCUUUCGCCGAGUGCUGUCGCAUUCUCACCACGGCCUACUUACCACGAUGCAACUGACACGUCGUACCAAGGGUGGACCUCUCAUCUGACUACGGGAGAUCGACCGAUACUGCGAGACACAUUCCAUCGACUGCCGAGCGAGACGUACAUAUCUUGA